AAAGAACUUCGCAUGAAAAAUAAUUCUCUUGUAGGAAAAACGAAGAUAUAGGCAAAGAUUGUAGAGUCAUGUUAUAUAUAUAUACAUCCUGAAAUACGUUAAACGUGAAAACUUGGAAAACACGAUCGUGGAGUUGCAUGGACGAAUUUGAAUGAUUGUCACAAGAAUCUGUAUGAUAUCAUCCAGAAUGAAUGGCUCCUAUCGGCGUCUUAGCUGCUCCAGAGGAGCAUGCAAUAAGGUUUUGAUCUCUGUGUAGGAUCCCGGGAAACUGCAGCGGUUGUAGAUCCACUUUCGAGAAAACCCGUUCGCGAGUAUGAGCGGUCGAUUCGGCAAGAAAAAGGAACAAGACGCAGAGUGGCUAAACACCAGCCAGCUCUUCGGCGACGGCGAAACUGCUUUCGGGGGAGACGCGAAGCUUGCGGAUGAACGACGGCGCGCGUCGUUCGGUGGCGCGGUGUUCUCCAGUCCGCUCGAGAAAGCACCCGCGGAAGAUGGUGAAAGCGACGUGUGCGGAUGCUCAGACGUCCAUGCAACGUACGACGAUGGAGCGGUGGACGGUAAGAACGGCAUUGACGACAUUGUACGGGAGGACGGAGCGUUUCGAAGGUUAGAAGACGAAAUUGGAUUUGAUCCGCCAGAGGGAGUGACUCCUGAUAUUGGACAGAGUCCUGAUGUUGAUCACGUCAUCAAGAGUUCAUCUGCUUGCUCCUGUCCCGACGAAUUAAUUGCAGUAUCUCCGAUCAUGGAAGAGGCCGGCGAAGACUACGGUGAUGCGGCGCGUACUUUCAAAGACGAUGUCGGAGUCGAUCCAAGCGUCUCAGACCCGGCGGCUGGCUCUCCGAACGAGAGUAGCUUGGUGUUUCAGAGCGUAGAGCCAGUUGUUGCGGAAAGUCGACUAGGAGGAUGGAAUCGAGGGAGUGCAUCGUCGCCGUCAGCCUCUUUGGCAUCAACUCGGAAGACUUUGACAUUCGCAAAUUGUGCUACUGCAUCCAGUGGUCGGGAGGCUCUUCCAGCAAGCUCUUCCAGCAACAACCCAUUCGCUGUAUCUAGAAGUGCAACUGCGAGCACCUUCGGCGGCAGCGGGAGUAAGCAGUCAAGCGCUAGUGUGAGCAGUAGUCUCACCAGCAGCCCGACCGAAGAAAAAAUUACGGCGCACUACGAUAAUGCCAAGCAGCACGUGGGAGGUUCUUCCCAACAUGACGCUGCUGUUGAAUCACUUGAAAACGGUCCGGGGGCGUCCUUGCUCUUCGGUACCGAUGAGGUCGCACGAGCUGGUUUUUCGUUGGGAUUCGGUUCUGGAGGUGGCGGCGAAUCAUUGUUCGGUUCUAGCGGAACAAAGGGCAGCAUUUUUGGCCACAGUCGUUCAUCUCUCUUUGAUGACGCAAGAGGAGACUCUGGCUCCAUUUUCGCGUCUUAUGCUGAAAGGAAGAAAAGUAUCGAACAGUCUAAGAACGGGGAGUUUCCACGAAACAAGAAGAGUCAUGUCGCGACCUUUGGAAGCCUCUUCGACAAAACAGACUUCCGGCUUGCUGACCUGGAGGAGCAAAAUGGAGGAGGAAGGAGUCGCAUGUUGACAUUGUCGCAAAGAUUCGACAAUACAGGCAACAAAGCUUCUGUUUUGAGCCCCGGACAUGUUUCGUCGAAUGACAAUGAUGCGCUAGAGAUGUCUGCAGAUAAGGAAAAUGUCUCUUUGCAUGCGAAUACUAGCUCUGACUCCGAGACUGAGUCGAGGCGCGGAUUAAGUCGACAGGCGACCAAGGAACCGCGUGCGGCAUUGAAGAGCAGCAACGACGAAGAGGAAAAGCCCGCCUUUCGCACUCUUCUGGACCGUUUCAAGAAGAUGAGUGUCAGCAAUAGAUCUUCGCUCGAAGGAGUUCCUACAAAGUCACCAGGGCUGGUUUCGCCGAGUAAGCCAAUUGGCAGCCCGGAUAGCCAAUCAUCUGCGGUCAGUCAGCAAGCUGUCGGUGCUCAUGCGUCGCCGCCCACGUCUGGUAGUGGCCUGCUUGAGGUGAUCGACGACGAGUACAAUGUCCGGAGCGACCGAGCGGAGAAGUUGCCAAUUCCGGGUGGGCCGGAACCCUCAGAGCCUAACGUUGCCACUGCGGAGGCUGAAGAAAGUGCGCUUGCCGAAGUUGCAAGCCCCCAGGAAGAGAGCGCUCUGGAGGGCGAAGAUGUAAUUCCGCAGGAGAACGGCGAUGAAGCUAUUUUUCCUGACCACGAAGACGACGUUUACCCACCGAAAAGGGUGGACGAAAUGAAAUUGCAAGAAGCUGGAGCAGCUGGUAGAAAUAAACUAGAUGAUGGAAGUCAUGCUGUCUAUGAGUCGUCCGUGAACAGCAUGGAGGUCGUCCAUCCAUCUGCCCUCAAUCACGGUAGCACAGACUCAGUCUCGUCAAAAAAGGCUGGCUUGCCGCCGAGGCCUGCAGAAACGCAAUUUCACUCAACACGAGAAGUACCGGGGGACGACAAGUCUUCACUCGUAGAGCGCUCUGCUAUAGAGGGUUCGCUUGUGGAACGAUCAGUUUUUUCCGCAGCAUCUCCGGUGGAUAUGCGGCUGCAGAAUGAGAGUGAGCAACCGUCUGGCAGUCGUAUCGACGAUGAGUUUGACGCGGACCUGCUGACGCCUGAGUCUGACAUUUCUUCCGGCGGCCUCGCUUGCGCGGGAGAAAAGGAAGGUCGGCCAGGUCCUGUACGCUUGGCGGUCGAAGACGAAGAUCACUUUUCGGAUGUUGGCUGCAAUAAGGCACCUGCAGCGUCCACCGGAGCUACAUGGGGGCACACCGAGGAUGACAGUGUUCUUGGAGGUCAGAACACAAACUCCAAAGAGGUAGAGGAUGGAAACAAAGAAACCGCUGGUCGACCUUGUCAUGGUUCUGAGGAAGGGAAUUUCAGCUCUUCAUCUAGAAACAAAGAGUUCGAAGCUCGUAAGACGGCGCUUCGAGCAGGAUCCUCGCCUGCUCUCUCGACUUUUGGCGUCGUCGAGGAAGAAGCUUCGGUUGUGCAUGAGGUCGGAGCAGUGAAAGCCGUGGAGCGAGGCCGCACCUUGAUGGAUGAUGACGAGCUGUUUGAGGAGGACGCAGAAGCAGACACCAGUUUAAAGACUGGAGCAGCUAUCAAAAAGGACUCACCACUGGCGGAGGUGCGUUCUGAGAUGAGUAUCGAAGGAAAGAAUAGUGCAUCAGCCUCCAGGCAGGAGAGCAGAUCAGGAUCAUCUACUGCGAACCUGAGCACUUUGAUGGAAUCAAAUCCUCUACAGUCCAGUACGAUUGUUUCCUCCUCGUCAUGUCUGCAAGAGAGCCACGAGCCGGAGAAAGUGGACACGAAGAAGACGCGUGGGCUGCAGUGUACGCCGGAGAAAGAGAAGCCACGCGCCUCUGGGUUAUUUGCUGGAGUGGAGCCUCCACCACAAGAAGCGACAGGACUCUUCCGGCGAUCUUCAUUAAUUUCUAGGCCGUCACUAUCGAAUCGGAUGUCCAUCGCUAGCGCGGGUCGUGGAAGCGAGCUUCAGGCUGCGCCAAACGCUACCAAUAGCAGCGUUUUACUGGAGCCGCAGUAUUCGAAGCCGACACAGGACAAGGCGAGUAAUGCAGUGGACUCUGCUGCCAGUUUGGCAAAUGAUGUCAAGCUCAAGGCGAAUGAGUCGGUGCCCGAAAACAAAGGGGCGACACACCGUGAAACAGGACAAGGGGAGAGCAUAUCAGGUGAUCCUGAUGGUUGUCAAACCACGGAGCAAAAAAACAGGGUUGGCCCAGUAUGUGGCCAAGAAGACCAUGUAGGGGAUAAUAGUCUCAGUCGCUGUGACGAGGAGGAGUUGCCAAUCGGGAUGAACAAAAGCAACGACCAACUUCCACCAGAAACAGUUUUAGAUCCUGAUUACUCAGGCGUACCGUUGUCCACACGGCUCGUUUCCUCAAACGUCAAAGAGCGUGUCUCUGCUUGGCACGACAUCACGCGUCACUUCUCGGAAGGGAUCGAUCCGGAAGGAGCUUCCAUCGGACGCCCGCCAAGAAAUUUCUUGAAUUAUGUUCCGGUUGAGCAGCUGCCAGUGGGGUACGAGGCGGCGCUGCAUGCCGCGACAGCGUACGCGACAUGGGUUGGUCAAGAUCGUGCGGCCUGGGAGCAGGAAAGCGCGUUGGAGUGGCGCAACCCCUAUGCAGUGGGCUCCACAGAAGAGCAGCUAGUGGAUUUGACGAGCGAGUUACUGGAUCAUAAGCAAAUGGGAGAACGCAAAUUACAACUACUUUUCAUAAAACUCUGGGUCGCUGUCGGAGAAGCGCUGCCGCGGUCGAUCGCAGACGUGUGCGCACAGUUGAUAAAUCGACUGCAGCAGCUAGAAAAGCGCGUAGCAACGGCCGGCAUGUCGACAGCUGUAUCUUCCUCCCCUGCACCGAGCGGCCACGCAGCAGGGUAUGGCUCCGGUACUUCGUCUUCGUUCGGUACGGCAGGGCAGUGCUCGGCAGCAAACGCUGCGGCGAAAAUAGGUGUGGCCAAGAAACAGAUGGUCACUGUGAUUAUGCUACUUGCGAAACUAUUAGAAAUGUUCGGAAAUCUUGCUGCGAAGACAACAUCCAAUUAUGAUCACAGAUUUGGGUCGUCCGGUUCAUCUGCAGCUACAAAUAUGAUUUCGGUCGAGAGUGUAACUCGGCCGCUUGCCCUUGUGAGUGUUAAGCACAUCCAGGACCGAGUUUUGCGUGAUAUCUGCUACACAGCGCUUGCGGAAAUCCAGUGCAGUAUCGGAGAAAAGCAGUUGCUGGAGUGGGUUGGGGGGCGACUCUCCGAACCGCAGAAACGCGAGCUGCAGCGACAUGUCACCACGAGAGUCAAGGGAUCGUGUAGGGCAAACAACAGAGGCAGCGGAUCGGUACCGACCAACACUUCGCAGGUGUCUAGCACGCGGACGUCUGCUCGCGGUGCGCCCAGUGCGAGUUUCGGCGCUUCUGCAGGGCGCAAAACUCCUGCCUCACGCGGCAUCUCAGGAAGCGCGCAGUCGUUCAGAUCUGGGUUUGAUGCGAUUUCGAAUAGCGGGUGCGGAGACGAUGGUACUAGUAUUUUUGGGAAAGGUACCGAGGGUCGAGAUAACGACAACGUAGAAGCGGAGACCGAGACUCCCUGGGAAGAUUUCCCUGAGUUUGAUUUGAUGACGAACUUGCCAAAGCGAUACGCACUUGCUGCCUUGGAGAGCAUGACAAAGUGGCAGGACAAGAAGGAUCAUCUGGCGCAACUCUCAAAAGUACUCCACGGUCAGCGACGUUUGCGUCACGAUGAUUCGAUCGCAGUACUUUUGCCGGCACUGUGUAAACUGCUAAAGGCAGAGCAGAAUCACAUGGUGCUUGCCGAAGCAGCGCUUAUUGUGGCGAAUUUGGCGCGGGGCUUGCCAGUCCCGACGACCACGGAGACGCAGACAGGUGCAGGUAAGAUAUUUGGCGUUAGUGGCGGCUUCGUGGGCACGCACUUGCUUGAGAAACACGGACGAACCAUCUUGCGAACGUGCUUUGUGCGGCUUAGCGACAAGAAUCUAUGGAAAGUUGUCGAAGAUGCAGCUUUCACAGUGUGGAAAGCAAUUCGUCCGGCUGGAGAUUCGUCAUGGCAGAAAUUACUUGAGGAUCUCAAGUUCGAAGACACGAGUCCGCAUGCCAGACUAAUGUCCGUCCGCUUUCUCCACCGUUGCCUCACUUGUAACAAGGGGCCUACCUGUUCUAUAAGCUUUACUUUACCGGAACCGCAGAGGCUUGGCGAUGUCCGUGCAAUUGCGUUGAGGGCUGGCAGUGAGGAUGCUGAGAAACCCGUAAGAGAUAUGGCACUGGCGCUUCUGGCAGAUCUGUGUUUUGUGGCGGGAACCUCCGACGAGCCCGAGAAAUUAGGGCGGGAGAUCUUCGAGGAUCUUCCAGUGUCUCGCAGGAAAGCCUUCGAACAAGUCUUUCGGGAGAGCCGAAAGAGAUACAAAGAGACCGAAGAGAAACGAAAAGAUGCCGGUGGCCCGCAAGGCGAUACUUCUCUGCAAACCCACCAAGAUGUAGCUUCAGCGUCUGGAGGUAACGUGACCACAGGAAGCGUUGUUCGCGGAAGGGAUCCAUCGCAGGAUCCACCCAAUCGGAAAAGCUCACCACUCUCUAGUUCCACAGGGGCGCCUCCGCCCCGCAGUGGUAACUUGUUCUUGACCUCGAGUGGCUCCAGCAGUUCUUCUGCGCCACGUGGCCUGUCCAAGUCUGCCUCCGAGAGGAGGUUGAGCUUGCGUGGCGUGUCGGGUGGCAGAAACAAGUCUGCGGUCAACUCUUCGCAUCUCGGCAUUGGUAGUUCCUCUUUCGGUUCGAGUACAUCCUCCUCUUCGGUGUUCGGCGGAAACAAUUCGAGCAGGCUGGCCUCGCCCCGGGGCGGGGCCCAGCGCCACCGCGGACCCGUGUUGCCACUCACGUUGGCGGACCGCGCUGCUGGUUUAUCUGAUGAACACUUUGCUGCGCUGCAAGAGCCACUGUUUGAAGCGCCAAAUCGUGUCAGUGUGACGGGUCUGCAGACACUUGCGCACGCGUGGCAGCGCGCACCGCCACCGGCCAGCGCCGUGGAACAGUUUGCGAUGAUGCUGUACGAGAAAACAAUGCACUUCGCAGACGCUCGGCCGCUCGCAGGUCGCGCAUUCUUUCAUUUCUUUCAGGUCCUAGCGACGGCGACCCCUUCAUCUGCGUCUCAGAAUCAGACGAGAGCCUCCUCUGGAAUGGGAGGGGGAAGUACGCCAAGCAGCAGUAGUGGCUCGCUCGUCUCUCACCGCGUGGGCCGUGUGAUUAUCGCACGCAUGGUGGAGAUGGCAGCAGACCGGCGCAUGAGUGAAGGCGUGCGUGAGACGAUGCUAGAUUACGCAGAGCGUCUCGGGUGCGGCUUCGUGAUGGAGUUGGUUUGUAGCGGUGGUAGCAGGACCUCCGGUUCGGCUGGGAACAGCAGCUUUCUUGGGGCUUCUGGUGGGUUUGCAGCUGCAUCCUCGAGUACUCUCGUGCCAUUGAGCGGCUGCUCCAGCGGCCAGUUUCAAGGGAGGCGGCUGAAGCACGUGGAACAGAGACUAGGGCUCGUCUACGAUUUGGUGUCCGCUUUUGCUCUGCAGAAUGCCGGUGGCAUCGUGCCCGCAGCGUUGGACUUGUUGCGCGAGGGAUUCGACUCACGAGUCGCCACAGAGCGUAAAGCUGCUUUUAAACUGGCAGAUCUGCUUUGCCGCUACCGCCCAAGCGCGUUUAAUGCCGUCGUUCCGGCAGUUACGAACGACGAAGCGUUCCGCCGACUACAAGAACUCUACGCGCCUGGCCGAUGGAGCGCCGAGGAUCGCCCGCCACCGGUCCAGACACGAGGGCCACUAGUCUCGAGUCGAAAAUACUCAGGCGACAGCUCGCUUGAUGGCAGCCGGCUGGAGUCGCACUCCUUCUCGCGCCACGGAAAGCGAGAGUCCCUCGGGAGCAGCAAAGGAGCAUCACGCCCGUCGCUUUCCUGUACCGCGAAGGAGCAUGCCCCAUUCACUUUCUCGACAAAUGCACACGAAGAGGCUGCUGCAGUCGACCCUGCAGAGACAGCCAAGUCAGAGGCGCACGCGAUUAGCAGCGAAGGUUGGAAGUCCGAAGCACAAGGUUCACCAGUAUCAAAGGGCUCAGACUCUUUUGUCGAGAUCGAGAAGUUGCGGAGGCAAGCAUAUAGGCAAAGCGACAUUACCCGUGGAGUUAUGUCCUCCGGGGUCUCUCACCCGGGCACUAACGCGACUGGAUCUGGGUCUGCCCAUGCGGCACCGAGUUCGGACGCCGACAAAGGAGUGCAAGAGCGGCGGAUAGAAAAUAAUGGCAUGCACGAGCAGGUGGCGGAGCGCGAUUUUCAUUCUAGGGAACGAGAAUACCAACGACAGAUAGAGGAUUUGAAGUCUCAGUUGCUGAUGCAGCAAGACCGAUCGUUGAUGUCAGAAGCGCCUUCAAGUAUCCAUCCGGCACUGCAGAAUACGGGCGCGCCAACGGAGCACGAAGCCAGUGUGGUUGAGCUCAAGGACAGCAUCGUGGCGGCGAUGUCAUCUUCGGGACGACAGACGAUGAAAGCACUAGCUGCGGAACCAGUUGCGACGAGGCGGGCUGAGGCAGAGAGCCUUCGCCACGCAUCCUCAAGACCACCAGCGGGUACGGAAUCGGCGCGAAAUGCAGAAGAUAAAGGUGGCAAAGCAUUUUCAUCAUCCAUGUUGCAAAAGGACGGCGCCCGUGCCGCCGACGCGCCUCCGGACUUGAAGAUUCGAGGUGAUGUGGUCGAGGCCUCCUCGUCUUCGUCAAGUCGCGCUACCAGCCGCACGGACCUCAGUAGCACGUUUGGUGGGGGUGCAGGCGCGUCUGGUGCGCCGCCGCCGUCGACAUCUUCCCCGAGCUGUGCACCGGGUUCCGGGGGCAGCAACAAGACCCCAGCAUUCGGCUUUGAUCCACGGAACCGGGCUAGCCCACUGCCGCCUCAACUAGGAGGUGCCGGUCGUGCCGUCAGCGGAAAUGCGCGACGACGAUCGAAUAUCGGGGGCGCUGCGGCGUUAAGCACGCUGCAAGUACCGGCGGGGUCAUCGGUUCGGUCAGCCUCGCCCUCGGGCACGGCUGGCAACUACGGACAGUCACGGAGCAGCACGCGAGCACCAAGCCCAAGGGGGGGAUGUACUAGCUAAAUUUGUGCUUUGGUGGAGGUUGAAGAAGGUGUAGUUGUGUAUCUUUCUUCGGCUUACAACUCUCAAUUAAUAAUGAAAGAAGAUUUGAAUGUCACUUAAGGGCCCUAUCACUAGCCCGUUUUUCGUUGCUUUUUUUGUAAUUCUCAAAUUCUAAACCAACAGUGUCUAACUCCGGAAGCACCCGUGAUCUGUCGCUACGAUCCAGUCGCACAUCUACGGGAGGCAAUGCUGCGACCCUGGCAGCUGCCAUCCGCACAUUCGAGAUUUUUGAAGCGCCACACUACACACCUGGUUCGCGCAUUGGAGGCAAGGAGCAGAGGCAGAACGCCUUUAGCCUUCUUUGGGGACCUGAAGAUAUCCCGAUCGAUGGCUGGAAGCAGGUAGAGGUGGAGAUGAAGUUAGCAAUUCCGGAAGCCAUCUCGAAACUCAUGUUCGAUUUUUCGAGGAACGACGACGUACUUUUUACAGGCAUGAUUUAGUUGCUGGAAAAAGGAAGACCGAGAUUUCAAUGAGCGUUUGCGAACUGAAAAGCAACAAUGAACUCUGCGUCCUUGUAAGUAGUCCUGCCUCUAUUAUGCUUUUUAACGAAACUAUUCAGGUUUUAGUCGCUUUGGAGGCGUGGUCGCAGAAUGUCGCAACUUUCGCGCUUGAGGUGAUCGAGAUUUUGGACCUGAUUUUUCGAUAUGUGACGUUUGUGAUCCACAAAGUAACGAAUAUGCGUGUUGUGAAUGCGUCACUAGAUUUACUUAUGCGGGUGUUAACACUGCUGGACGAACGGAAUUACAUUCCGACCGAGAAAGAGGCGAUGACGCUUUUGCCGAUUUUGUGCGAGAAAUUGGGGCACAAUCAGCGCGCCGUCCGAGAUGCUCUUUGUGCGUCCUUGCGUCGCUUCGUGCGACUCUUUCCCAGAGGUGAUCUGCCCAAGUGUGUACUGCUCACUUUGGUCCGCGGCUGUGCCAGUAAAAACAAGAAAUCCGCGUGCGACCUGCUGACUCAGCUAGAGCAGAUGUUGCUCCCCUCGUCGGCUUCGUCACCUGGUGGUGGUGGCGUAGGCGGCGAAGUUAGCGAGGAGGCCGUCGGCGCGCGCGCAGACCAGGAGGAUAGCAGCCGGCUAUGCCUCAUGCUCGCAAAGAGCCAGCGAGACGUUGUACUCUUGACAAAUCUGGUUCAGGAGAGCAUGGGAAACCCGGAAAUGAAAAGACUAGGAUUGUCGAUCUUGUACGCGCUGCUCCGAGGCCUAGACUACGAGACGUUUUACCACUGCGUGCGCAAAAACAUCAAAAGCGGCACCGCGGUUUUACAGCAAGUGGAUCACUGGAUUUCCCGAAGUGGCGCUUCUUUAUCGCGAGACCCAGGAGGGCCUUCGUCGGUAAACAGCAGCAUAAACCACGGCCCUGGGACGAGUGUCAACCAUGCCUAUCAGGUGUCGAGCUCGGGCAGUAAUAGUUGUGCUGUUGGCGCACACGGGACUGGGCACAAAAGUGAACAUCGAGAUUCGAUGGACAGAAUGCUCUUGAACAACUCUCAGUUAGACCAAUCGAUAGAAAUUCCAAGGCCACCGAAGCCAGCGCAGCUAGCAUCGCCGACCAGUCGCCGACCCUCCCCGGGAGGAGGGUUCGUAACGAAGAUGACGAGUCCUGGCGUUUCGUCGCAGCCGCGAGGAAGGUACUGGUCCACUUAUAGAUACAAAUGUAAGUUACUGUGCAAUUUGCGGUGUUAAGUUGAACGAAAUACUUGUUCUUCUGCUGAUCGACGCAGUAAGUACUAGGUAAAUUUUUUUGGAGGUGUGUUUGCGCAGGGCCAGGGGUUCACUCUUCGCCUUUUUGUCUGUCAUCAUCAGAUUACACGAUUUUCAUUGUGUUUUCUGAUCACUUCUUCAGGUUCUCUUCCGGCAGUCCAUCAGUGCGGUCGUCGAGUUCGAGACUGUCCUCCGCCAAGCCCGCGUACCCACCUCAAUACGGCGCUCCUGCGGUUGCCUCGUCAUCCUCGUCGAGUCGGGAGCAUGUCUUUACCAAACUAGCUGAGAUGAUCUCGCGUGAAGAUGAUAGCUGCAUCGCAGCCCUAGAAAACGAUGCUUUUCGGCUCCAGGAUGCACGGCGGAGUGAUGUGGCAAUGCUGGUAUGCUAGAGAACGUCUCACUUGAUCUUUCAUGAAACGAAUGGUAUCUUUAGCUAGCGUCUGCUCAUUGACAACACGACGCAUAUCUGCUGAGGAACUUAUUCUCGUCUCAUCGUUGAUUCAUUGUCGCUUUAUUGAAGGUCGUACAUACAAAUUUUUCCAUACAUACUGGCGAUGUCACACAACUACAGUUUGAAGCGCUCACUCGAUGCCGGUCACUCUCGCUGGUGCUGGCUUUUUUGAAAAGUUACAUGCGAAAGAAGGCAGAGGCUCCACCUCCCGGAAAAGGGGAAGCUGUCGCGAGUCAUCUACUGAAUGAUUUUGAAUUCUCAAGCGCAAUCCUUGACGUGCUUGGGCGAUUGCUAAGCGAAGUGCUGAUGCUUGAUUCACCAGAGGUAUAAGUUCCGUUCAUUGCGUAGGAUAGCGAAAAAAUUCAGUUUAAGUUUUAUAUCUGUCAUCGUAGCAUGAAAAAGCUAGAGACCGAGCAGCAUCCAGCCUACUUGUAGAGCAUAUCCUUGUCACACUACCGCCUAUGUUGACGUGAUCAGGUUGCUAUCAAGCUUUGGGAGCGGCUGAAUGAGCGCAAAAGAACACUAAUAAAUUUGGGGAAGCCGCGGCGUGAACUAGGUUCACAGCUCCGCGAACUGGAGGGGAUUUGCGAUGAUGUGCAGGCAUUCGAGAAAAGCGGGAGUGUCAUAACGUCUUUUCUAUGCUCGCAGUCGGCGACAGCGGAAGAUCGUGAAGUUGCAAUCUCGGACAUGGUAGCCUGUUUUUAUAAUAUGCGGCCUAUUUUUCUGUUUUUCACAUCAAGAUAACUCUUUCGUUGGUUCUUGUAAGUGAAAUUUGUAGUCUAUCCUUUUGUUGUUCUCUUCUGGUUUAGAUUAUGAUACUUAUUGUUGGUUCAUUUCAUUUGCAGGUGAAGCUGCUCGAAAUACAUUUUCCGUCCCCGUUGGUGCCAACGCAGUGUGCACCGGCUGUCAUUGCAGUAUUGGACACACUAGUACGGGAGCCGCGCUUCAUGUCGCUCCCUGAGCGGUGUUUGCGCUCACUGCUCCACAAAUUGCUCGUAACGCUGAAUUUAUCGUCUGCGUGGAAAGAAAAAGUCGAAAAUUGGAAGCCCCUUCUGGAAAGCGUGAACCUCACAACCGUCUUGCUGAUGCAAAAUAUUCAGAGCGUGGUCUCACCGGUACUGUUUUUUUUUAGAAUUGUUCUUCAAGUAUAAUUGUAUGUAGUUCGCCGUGGAUGUUGUUGUUAUCACUCAUUUUGUGAUUCGUUUUCUGUGUAUAGAAGUAGCUUGUCGUCGACUGUUCAUCACAGAUGCUGGCUUGUCGUCUAGUGCUGUCUUUUUCGGUGAUGCGAGAGCGUGAUAUUGCAGAUAGCCUAAUUGUCAAGUGUGUGAAGAAGCUGAACAAGGGUCUGGUGCUUCCGACCGACGCGGCCGCUGCUGAGGCCCGACUAGGCUCUUGGUGCCGCGAUGUUUUGCUUGAGUUUGCAAGGUCCUGCGGCGAAGUAGACCGCGACGCUCUCUCACCGGCCGUCCGGUGCGGAGCGGCCAUUUUCGACGGCCUCUCUGCAGCCGCGGUUUCCUCUCAGUUCGAUUUGCGCUCUAGGCUGCGAGACAUGCUGCUCCAGGAGAUCGCGGAAGAGUUACCACCAGAUGCGAAAACGAGGCUUCUGCUCGAAGCCUUCGUGAAUCAGUCAGUCGCAGGAGCUGCAGCUUGAUUUCACGAACAGAUUUUUAUCAGACAAGCCUUGAUUUUCUUGAGAAGCUGUAGCUCCCUUGCAUCUGUCGAGUGCUACUGCGUUCUCCUAGAAGAAAUGAAGGUCGUGAUAGUGAAUGUAUGUAGUUGUCAGUGAUUACUUAGUAGAAUGCGGCCUAUGCGGCGAUGUUAGAUUUGAACCGAUUUAAGAAACUGCGACGCUUCAACGUCAAGCUGACAGAAUCCCGAAUUACAACUACUGUAUUUUUUCUGAUUAAGGAUCUCCGACUAGGAUUAGUGUUUGUACUGAUAACUUAUGAGAAUGUGCAUCGAGUGGUGCUAAAGCAAUGAACAUACUAGAUUCGUGCAGUAAAGAAAAACAAAGAGGUAAGUUGUGUCGACCCUAUGUAUGAAUGUAUGAAUACUUUCUUAAGAGAAGCUAGUCCUAGUGCUAGCUUUACCUUUACAUCGACCGCAACUGCGUAGGGAGAUCGCUGCAGAACUCGACAAAAUAGACAUGAAUUAUGUUGUAAGCUCCGACUCCACGCAGAGUAUUCCAAUGGCGUCACGCGGGCUCCCAUCGGGAGGUGAAUUCGGAGGCGGAGAUACGAGAUACCUAAAUACUUUGAUCGUAAUCACAAGGUGUCUCAUUAGGGAUUUUUAGAACGAUAAUGAAUCAACACAAAGAUAUUUAGAAAUAGCGGCUUCCUUUCGAUGUAAUCACAAGAAGAAGUCGAGUGAGUUAAGUAGCCAGAGCAAUCACAGGUAAGGAGAAACGGCUUCCGCACCUGCGGAACACACAAGACGAGGAUACUAGAAAGAACCACACGACUUGCUCCAGUGAUAGUAACUCGAUGAAGAAUGAGCUGAAACAUGUUAAAAGAGCAUCGAGUCUGACGGAAGCGCGUAUCAACGUGUUCCAACUGUCAAGGUAGAAGUGAAACGAGUUUUUAUGAGAAGCUCUGUGACCGGCA